UCUGUGUUCAGUAAAAUGGCAGAAUCCAGUGUUUCUUUGACUCAGGAUGAGUUCAGCUGUCCAAUCUGUUUGGAUCUACUGAAGGAUCCAGUGACUGUACCCUGUGGACACAGUUACUGUAUGAGCUGUAUUACAGACUGCUGGGAUCAGGAUGAUCAGAAGGGAGUCUACAGCUGCCCUCAGUGCAGACAGACCUUCACCCCAAGACCUGUUUUAGGUAAAAACACCAUGCUGGCUGAAGUAGUGGAAAAACUCAAGAUGACAAAACUCCAAACUGCUCGUCCUGCUCAGUGUUACUCUGGAUCUGGAGAUGUGGAGUGUGACGUCUGUACUGGGGACAAAAACAAAGCCAUCAAGUCCUGUCUGGUGUGUCUGAACUCUUACUGUCAAUAUCAUCUUGAACAACAUGAGAUUUCUUCAGAGUUUAAUCAGAUGAAUGAAUGUUGAUAAAGAAAGACUAGAAAAAAAGAUGUGGAAAUGUGGAAAUAUAAUCAUUGACACCAACAGCAGAAAUAAUACUUGUAAUGUAACUUAA